CUGCCAGAUACCGAGCGGUGAACAUCUCUGCUCAAAGAUGAAAGCCCAGCUAGUCACACUUCUUGCUGCCUGUUUGCUUCCCACUGUUCUGAGUGACGACACCUCAGUAGAGUGGUGUUAUAACUUGCCGUCCUGCAAUUACAUGACUUGGCCAACUACAAUACCCCACCACUGCAGCGGCGACUGUCAGUCUCCCAUCAACAUUGUGACUGCUGACGUCCAGGAGGAUCCCAACCUCACCGCCUUCAAUUUCGCUGGGUUUGAUGAUAACUCCACACUCCUGCAAAUAAAAAACGCAGAUGGAAAGUCAGUGAAGGUGUCCCUGGAUGACAUUAAGAUGAGUGUGUCAGGAGGGGGUCUUCCAGGCCUCUACAUUAGCACACAGUUCCACCUCCACUGGGGCAACGGCAGCUCUUCAGCUGGAUCAGAGCACACAGUGAACGGCAAACGAUAUCCAAUGGAGCUGCACAUAGUAAACAUGAAGUCCACUCUUCCCAACAUGACUGUCGCUCUGCAUGACCCAACAGGAUUGGCUGUUCUUGGUUUCUUCAUUGAAGCAACCAGUGACAGCGAGAAACCAGAGAGUUGGAAGCACUUGACCUCAUUCUUGUCCAAUAUUUCUAACGAAGGUGACGUCUUGGACAUUAUGCACCAGAUCACGAUGGACAGCCUGCUUGAAGGAGUGGACAGAACUAAAUAUUAUCGCUACUUCGGCUCACUGACCACGCCGUCCUGCAACGAAGCCGUGGUGUGGACUGUGUUCAAAGACCCCAUCAAAGUCAGCCAAGAUCUGAUCAACCUCUUCAGCACGUCCGUGUACGUCAACACAACAACAACAACACAGUCUCUGAUCACCAACAACUUCAGAGGAGUUCAGAAACUGAACGGCAGAGCAGUAACGUCCCAGCCUUCAUCAGCAACCACACCUUACCAGGCCCUGUCCCUGACCGCUGCUCUGCUGUACUACAUACUGUGCUGGAGAACACUACCUACUGGAAUGCAUGGUGCCAACAGUAAGGUCUGGUGGUUGCACUACAUCCUGCAAUACCCUGAAUGCCCAUGGACAUAUGCAAGGAUCCUGUUUGUGGACUUCAGCUCGGCGUUCAACACUAUCAUCCCAGAAAUGCUCUUCUCCAGCUUCUCCCAGCUCACUGUAUCCCCGACCAUCUGUCACUUAUGGUAUAUGGACAGUCAGCACUGGUGCUCCUCAAGGGUGUCCACUCUCCCCAUUGCUGUUCUCUCUCUCUACACCAAUGAUUGCACCUCUGAGGACUCAUCUGUUAAACUCCUGAAGUUUGCAGAUGACACUACGGUCAUCAGACUCAUCCAGGAUGCUGAUGAGUCUUCAUAUCAGCUGGAGGUUGAACAGCUGGUGUUCUGGUGCAGUCAAAACAACUUGGAGCCCUGGGUCAACCGUGGAGAUCCUCAAAUUUUUGGCAACUAUCCUCAAAAAGGCCGAGCCGGGGAUGUACUUUCUGCGGCAGAUGAGGAAGUUGGGUUGCCACAGGAGCUGUUAAGUCAGUUCUACACCGCAGUCAUCGAAUCUGUCCUGCGCACAGUCAUCACGGUCUGGUUGGAAUGCAGUGAAGCUGUGGUGUGGACUGUAUUUAAGGACCCUGUCAGUGGGAGCUGUGACCUGGGCCGAAUGCUUCUGAGCACGGAGGUGUCUGCUAGACUACAGAGCUGUCAACAUCUCUGCUCAAAGAUGAAAGCCCAGCUAGUCACACUUCUUGCUGCCUGUCUGCUUCCCACUGUUCUCAGUGAGGGCUCCACUGUGGAGUGGUGUUAUCACCUGCCGUCCUGCAAUUACACCACAUGGCCAACUAAGAUACCCCACCACUGCAGCGGCGACCAUCAGUCUCCCGUCAAUAUUGUGACUGAUAAGGUCCAGGAAGAUCCCAGCCUGACCGCCUUCAGUUUCACUGGGUUUAAUGACAGCUCUGCACUCUUGUAUAUAAAAAACGCAGACGGAAAGUCAGUGACGGUUUCCCUGGAUGACAGUAAGAUGAGCGUGUCAGGAGGGGGUCUUCAAGGCCACUACAAGAGCAAGCAGUUCCACCUCCACUGGGGCAACGGCAGCUCUUCAGCUGGAUCAGAGCACACAGUGAACGGCAAACGAUAUCCAAUGGAGCUGCACAUAGUAAACACGAAGUCCACUCAUCCCAACACGACCGUCGCUCUCGAGGACCCAACAGGAUUGGCUGUUCUUGGUUUCUUCAUUGAAGCAACCAGUGACAGCGGCAAACCGGAGAUGUGGAAGAACCUGACCUCGUUUCUGUUGAAGAUUUCUAGAAAAGGUGACGUGGUGGACAUUAAGAACCAUAUUACGAUGGACAGUCUGCUUCAAGGAGUGGACAGGACUAAAUACUAUCGCUACCUCGGCUCACUGACCACGCCGUCCUGCGACGAAGCCGUGGUGUGGACUGUGUUCAAAGACCCCAUCAAAGUCAGCCAAGAUCUGAUCAACCUCUUCAGCACCACCAUGCACGUCAACACAACAGCCCAGCCUCUGAUCACCAACAACUUCAGAGGAGUUCAGGCACUGAAAGGCAGAGUCAUAAAGUCUCAGCCUUCAUCAGCAACCACACCUUACCAGGCCCUGUCCCUGACCGCUGCUCUGCUGUACUACAUACUAUAGCGUGUUCAAGAAAUGUUAGCUUACGUUAUUAGUUCUUCAGCAUUUAUUCAAGAGGUUAUUCUGCUAAGGACUCUUAUUGUGAAGGCGGGGAUAGUUUUCCCCGAGGUGAUAUGUGUGUGGAGCAGGAAGAGCCGAGACCAGUCGAGAGCUGAGGACUGAGAGAAUCAGGUGUAGCUGAGGCUGUUAGAGAAAAGCUGAGCUUGUGUACGGUGUGGCUGUGGCCGCCAACAGCUGGUUAAUAAAGCACCAUGACUUGUGUUACUAACAGUACAUGAUACAAUACUGUCUUGAAUAUAGUUAAUAUACGAUGACGGGACAGAAUUCAUCUUUGCACAAAGGACAGCAUCUUUAUUUCCACUGAACAGUUCAAUUAAGUUUAAAUUAUUGCUCUGCUUUGAUGAGUGUGUGGACAAAACAUGAGACAUUUGGUGACGUGUUUAUCAUAUAUGCCAUAAGUUGAAUAAAGCUUUUAUUAUAAUUUGUAUCUGCUAGAACUUGAUCUACACUGGCUGUUUCUGACACACCUAAUAUGAUACAUAACUGUAUGCCCCUAUAUUUUAUAGGGGUACAUACGCUAUAUGGCCAAAAGUAUGUGGACACCCUUCCUAGUUAUGGAGUUCAGUUGUUUCAGCCACACCCAUUGCUAACAGGUCAAGCACAUAGCAUACGCAAGGUUAUGGUUAUAUGCUGGGUUAUUGGUUAUAUUCUAGCGUGAGUGAAACGGGGGCCUAGAAUUGAUCUGCCCAUAACAUAGAUGGUAAGACUUAAGGCUCAAAUCGCUGUUGCGGAUUGUGAAUCAGUGACUAAGAAUGUGACGACAAAUUAUGAAGAGAAAUUAAUUUAGCACAGUUUUAAUAAAGUAUAAAAGCUACAAUGUACAGAUUUAUUGUACAGUUCAGGUUCAGUAAAGAUUUGAUGAAUCAAACUUCUUAAUAAAGUUGA